AUCAGUUAUCAACAUCCCGAGUAAUCGAUCAACAUCAGGAUUCAAAAGGAGCUGUCUGCAUUAGGAAGUUGUUACCUUGACCUGACAUCACACGACCCGGAAGUAUUCUUAAAGGGCUAGCAUGCAAACACAGAUUUUUCUGUGAGAUUGGAAACCUAACAUACCGACGAUCGAUACAAAACCAAGGAACUCUUUGAUAACUAGGACAUUGUAUAUGCGCUAGACGUGUGGAGGAACAAUGUCUGGACGAGCAUCUCCCACUGUACCAGGAGAUGGAGUUUAUGACAAAGAGGAGACAUGUAAGAUUAUACUGUUUGCUGACCAUGUCAAGAAAAAAGGAUUAUUCGGAUGGGGAAAGAAUAAACCUGAUGUCAAGUGCAGCUUUAAAGAAUUGUCAAUUGAUGUAAGCAUUACAGCAAAAGAUGGAGACACAUCAUAUCCAUACAAAUAUAUCAUCAACAAACUUCCUGGCAGUAUCAGUAAAAUUGAUCAUAAGAUUGUAAAGGAUGGCCAAGUCGAGGUGACUCUAACGAAAGAGGAGAAAGGUUCAUGGCAGGCAGAAAUCGACAGAAAUGAUGGCUUGGACUGUGCUCCAUGAUUAGAGAAAUCUCAGGAAAUUUAGAUCUAAGAUUCUACAAAUUUUUACAAUAAAACUAUGUCUU